UCUGCCCCCAUACGGCCGCUCACCUGUGCAAAGGCGACCUGUCCCCACGAGGCAACGCCGCCGCCUGCGACGAAGACGGCGGAUCCUCUGCAAACUCUCCGCUCACCUUCUCGCCUCUACCUUCCACUGCUAACCCCACCACCCCUUCUGCAUACCAUUUACCAUCGCUCACGAAGCCUCAGCCCGCCGGCGCCACCUUCUGCCUUCUCACGGAUCCUGCGACGGCCGAGCCGUCGGACUACAAUGCGGCGGACAAUUAGUUGGUUCUCCUCUCCCGUCGUUGGGGGGCAUCCUUCCGAGACGCAGUGGAGCAAUCGACGGAAGCCCUUGCGGUAAUUGCUCGGAUUCAAAUUCCAGAUCUUUUCCAGAGUUUCUUCGGCAACAAGUCCCGGCCGUUUCCUCCUUGGAUCCGGACUUCCUUCUUCUAAUCGGAUCACAUGUGAGGCCUCGGCUCGGCUCGGCUCGACUGGAUAUAAGUGCAGCCAGCCCCCGGUGUGCUUUCUUCUCAGAUUAGAUACAAGACAAGUCCAGUUGGUUUGCCGCUGAAGCAACUCUUCUCCCACAAGACCUGCUUUUGCAAUUGCUCCAAUGGACGCCUGCAGCGUAGCCAGGACAAUGAGUUCUGCAUAUUUUGGCCUGAAAUUUUUGUCUAAGCUCCUGGCUCUGUCUCCUGGUUCAAUGGGGAAAUUCAGAAAGCUGUCACCACCGAUGGAAAAUAAAACUGUGGCAUCGAUGGAAACUGAAACUGUGGUGAGAAAAUCGCCGGAGCUGCCGAAUGAUGUGUUGAUGGACAUAUUUUUACUCCUGGAGAUACCUGACCUCAUACGUGCCGCCUCUGUCAGCUCCUCCUGGCGCUCUGCGUAUACCAGCCUCUGCAGGCAGCUUGAGCUGUACAAACGGCCUCAGACGCCUUGCCUCCUCUACACCUCUGCAUCUGCUGGUGAGAACGUAGCUUGUCUCUACAGCCUCGCGGAGAAGAGGGUCUACAGUUUAACUCUUCCGGAUCCACCCAUCGGUGAUAGGUAUCUUAUUGGGUCCUCACAUGGUUGGCUAAUUACCGCGGAUGACAAGUCUGAGCUACACCUUAUCAAUCCGGUCACUGGUCAACAGAUUGCUCUGCCGUCGGUGGUCACCAUUGGUUAUGUAGAGCCAAUCUUUGACAAUGGAGGCACGCUUAUUGAGUAUGAAUUGCGGCUGCAACGGUACAAUCCAGACUUAAACCCCCAAAUGGUUGGUCCCAAAAUCUUUACCCAUGCUCCCGACAAGCUCCGUGACCAUGCCUACAUAAGGGCAUUUAUCUUUCCAGAUCCGCCCACAGGAAGCUACAUUGUCGUUCUCAUCCAUGGUCCAAGACGUCAACUUUCGUUUGCGAGGGUAGGAGAUUGUAAGUGGACCUUUCUGCCGCCAGAUUCAAACUAUGAACAAUGCGUCUACAUGGGUGGUCUAUUGUAUGCAUCCACAAGAUACGGAAGAAUGGAUGUUUUUGACCUCACUGGUCCUACCGCCACGAGGAAUAUAAUUGCGGAUGAGAUUGCCAUUCACAGUUCUGAGUAUAGGGGGGUAUUCUACCUUCUUCAGGCUCCAUGGGGCGGUCUGCUGCAAGUUUGUAGGAAGACUGAAGUCAUAGAUGCGGGCUAUGAGGAGCUCAUAGUUGAAACUAAUAAAAUCUUGUUACACAAAGUUGAUAUGGAAGCAGAAGACCUCGUGGAAAUAAAUAGCCUGCAUCAUAACGUGCUGUUUCUUGGUCGUAACCAGCCUAUAUGCCUUAGUGCUGAAGAAUAUCCGCAACUGAAGGCAAAUUGUGUCUAUUUCGCGGAUGAUGAGCAAUAUAAUUGGAUGUAUAAGACGAAUCCCCGGGAUAUAGGUGUUCUCAACCUUGAAGAUGACAGCAGGGAGGAAAUUGUGUCCCCGCUUUGGUGCAGCUGGCCGAGUCCCAUAUGGAUAACACCCAGUCUUACAGUGAUGAACCUGUCAUUGUACAAAUAGGUAGCAUUUUUUAAUUAUGUACUUUGAUUAUGGGGUCUGUCAACCAAAUUUGCCACUCUUUUGCGAGCAGAUGCUAUGACACUGGAAGCAUGUUCCGUUUAUCUCUUUUUUCCAUAUACUGUUUGCUGUAUCUGAUGAAACUAUGGCUGAAAAAUAAAUAUUAGGAAUGGAAAUGGUGCCCUACAACA